UUGAAGAAAGGAGAUUGUCUUCAUCAUCCUCAUCAUCGUUCAUUUCUCUGUUUUCCACCAUGAAGCUUGUUGGUGCUGCGUUGGUUCUGCUGGCCAUCAGUGGCUGUUCGGCUGAAGUCGUGGAAGAGUUUUUUGCGAGUUGCGAUGAAUUUUUUGCUGACCCGUAUGGAAUCGCAUCUCCACCAACUAGAUUUUAUGAGCCUCAGUACAAGCAAAUCUGCCAGACUGUAAACGAUAGUGUUCAAUAUGCCACAUAUUACGACACAGACAACAAGAUCCCGAUGUACUCAGCCUACAGGUUUUUGGGUGUUAAUAACUGUGAAAACAAGUCUAGAAGUUCAUGGUUUAUUGAACCUCAGCUUGACCAGCAAAAUGGAGAUAGAAACAUGGCACCUCAGGGAAAUGUAUCGCGCACAAUACGUGGAAACAAUCAGGCUCUGAAUGAAGACUACACAGGAUCUGGCUACCAUACAGGGCACCUGGCUCCAGUCUCUCACACCAACACACAGAUCUGCUCUGAUGCCACCUUUACUCUCACCAACGCCGCCCCACAAGACCCUUCUUUCAAUUCAGGUCAAUGGCGGGUAACUGAAAAGAAAGUGUCUGACAUCCUCAGCACUAAAUGUUUGAAUAAGAGUCUGUCUGCUUAUGUAGUUACUGGUGUGGUACCAGGUAAUAAAAAAAUUAAAAACAGAGUGAACGUGCCCAGUUACUUCUGGACAGCCUACUGUUGUCUUGAUAACGAUAAGAAACCUCAAAUCUCAGGUGGUUUUUACGGAGCAAAUGUAAACGAGCCUGUGAAUAAUGUGUCAGUGAGUGAGCUUGAGAUUUUACUGAAAGAUAAAUAUAAAAAAGGUUCGUUCCAGCUGUUUGGUAAGGUAGGCUGCGUGAAGCUUCAAGGUCCUGAGGCUUUGAAUUUGGAGAGGUGCAGGAACAGAUCAAGAAUCGUGGAAGAGUAUGCUAGAGAUCUUGUUUCAGGUACAAUAAAGCCAAGAUCAAUAUAUGAACGCAACUGUGCCAGACGUUACGCUUCUGCUAGUUCCAGGCAAAGAAAACUUAUCGUGAAACAUUGUGCUGUAAAUCUUUUAAGUAUUUCUAUUUUUAAGCCAAUAUCAAAAAUAGAUGACUUUUGUGGAACAGUUUUUGGCUUUGCUAGUUCCAGGCCAAGAUCAUCUGACGAAGAAUAUCCUGCGAUAUUGAGAACUGAGAAAGAUAAUGAUGAUGAUUUGGAUUUACCAGUUCAAACCAAAUAUGUUUAAUGAUUAAAGCUUAACAGACUAAUAAAACUCAGAAAUCAGUAAUGUGUUGAUCAACAUAAUGUUUUUAUUUCUCAUUUUUAUUCAACGUGUAUCUAUCAGUGAAUUUUAAUACAAUCAUUUAUCACCAGAUUGUACUUUGAUAUUGUUUUUGUUUCUGGCAUUUAUUCAAUAAAGUAUCUGCAAUAAA